UACUUCGCUGGGUUGUUGUGAGGGGGAUGAAUAGGGCAACGCAUGCCACCUGGAGCUCCUGGGAGAGAGGUGUGCUAUACAAGGUGACAGAUUAAAUUAGAAUGAGGCAUAUGGCCCCGCCCUUCUUUUUAAUUCUUUCCUCCCCACAGAAUGAAGGGUUGGUUGUAAGAGAUGCCAAACAGAAUGCCAGUUCGAUUUUGAGAAUGUCAGGGGAAGUGCCCUUGCACAUCAACAUCAAGGAGCCACGAUGGGAUCAGGGCACCUUUAUGGGGAGAGCAAAGCAUUUCUUCACAGUGACAGAUCCUCGCAACCUUCUGCUCUCAAGCAAGACUCUGGAAGACGCACGGAGGGUGAUUGAGGAUUACAGGAUGGGAAAGGUGUCCCCAGGAUUGACUGAGGACAAGCUAUGGCAAGCAAAAUACAUCUAUGACUCAGCUUUUCAUCCAGAUACUGGUGAGAAGAUGAUUCUGAUUGGGCGAAUGUCUGCUCAGGUGCCUAUGAAUAUGACCAUCACCGGAUGCAUGCUCACCUUCUACAGGACAACCCCUGCCGUGCUGUUCUGGCAGUGGGUGAACCAGUCAUUCAAUGCCAUUGUCAACUACACCAACCGCAGUGGGGACGCUCCCAUCACCGUCAACCAGCUGGGUGCAGCCUACAUCAGUGCCACCACUGGAGCUGUAGUGACGGCACUGGGACUCAAGUCUCUGACUAAGCAUUUGCCACCCAUCAUCGGACGCUAUGUGCCUUUUGCGGCUGUGGCGGCUGCAAACUGCAUCAACAUCCCAUUAAUGAGACAAAGGGAGCUCAAGUUUGGUAUCCCCAUUACAGACGAGAAAGGGAAUCGGCUGGGUGAGUCAAAAAAGGCAGCUGAGCAAGCAAUCGCACAGGUGGUGGUGUCUCGCAUUGGCAUGGCUGCACCUGCUAUGGCGAUUCCUCCUGUGAUCAUGAAUGCACUAGAGAAGAGAGCAUUUUUAAAGCGGUACCCCUGGAUGAAUGCCCCUCUGCAGGUUGGACUGGUAGGCCUGUGCUUGGUGUUUGCUACACCCUUGUGCUGUGCAUUGUUCCCACAGAAAAGCUCAAUGCGAGUGAGUCGCCUGGAAUCUGAGGUCCAAGCUGCGAUCAGAGAGAAGAACCCCAACGUUGAGGUUGUCUAUUUUAAUAAGGGGCUUUGAGAGAGAGCGAGAAAGAAAGAGAGAUUUCCUCGUGCUGACCCUGGUGUGUGGUGGAAUGGACAGAAGAGGAACCAGGGAUCUGGUGCUCACAAGGAGGAAGUUACAUUUUGUAAUAGUAUAAAUCCCUUUUAAAUGCUGCUUUCUUAUUGGCUGCCAAGUUUUGGCAGUUUUACGUUUAUUAAAAAAAACCUUCCUGAAUCAGGUGAACCCUCGGGUUAGAUUGUAAUGUGUGAACAAAGUAGAAACAUUCCAUUCUGGGCGCAGUUAUAUGUUGGAACCAAAGGAUUCAAGCUUCCUUAAGCGAGCCUGACUCCAUGUAUUAGGCAUAAUUCCACAGUGGUAUGUGUGUGUGUGUGUGUGUGAUGUGUUGAUGUAUGUGUAUAAUCCCUGUGAAAUGUUGUUAAAAAAUGAUAGUAAUCUUGGGAUCAUUUGGAGAACAGGAGAAACAAACACCUUGAAUCCUUUCAAUUCCAUUGAGGAAGGCCUCUUGCUUUGCAUUUCAGUUUACGUUUCAUGAAUUUAGUGCUAAGGAGAAAUACUAUGCUUUCGUGAGUGAACUAUGUGUAAUUCUUUUGCAGUAUCUAUGUUAUUGAGAUAGUAAAAUGUCUAUUUUUGCAAGCAAAACAUAUUUGCAUAAGAAUGUAUUCUCUUGCUGUGUUUGUUAUUUUGGAAGAAAAGUGAGAAAGAAAAAACAGUGACAGUUUAUGCAGCCUUAAAACUACAAAAUCAAUCAUCAUCAGCCUGAUAUGCAGAGAAGAGAAUAUCCAAAGCCUUUAAUGGAAGCAAGUGAUUGACCGUAUUGUGAGAAUGUCUGUGCAAAUAGAAAAGCAGUUAAAAGUAAACAGUUGAAGAAGUCUGGGUUUUCCACCAGAUCUGCUCUUUAAGGUUGCUUAGAAGAGGAAGAAAGGUUUGAAAUUUGCAUAAUUCUGUUCUGUAUGCAGAACCAAACCAAAUCAUGUCGUUAGUCAAGGCAGAGUAUUCAAAGCCAGCUAAGCAGUCUUCCUAUCCUUGGUGAUGAAAAACAAUGCUCUUAAAUUAAAUAAUGAUCAAUUUGCUGCCCUUUCAUGACACCUGAAAACCUGCUGUCUGAGGUGGCUGCCUUGCUUUGCCUCUCCCCUACAUGUGGGCAUCACAAAAGCACAUGGAUAUCAGUAGUUGUAAAUAUACACUGAAUCUGCCUCUUGGAGACUGUAACAUUUCAAGAUGUCAAGCAGGAAAGGAUCUAGUCUAGCUUUGUAACAGCCUCAUAAGAACACAUGAAGCUACUUUGUACUCAGACAGACUACUGGUCCAUCUAGUUCAAUGUUGUCAAUUCUGGCUGGCAGCAGUUUUGAGGCAUGAGAUCUUUCAGCCCUGAUUGAAUUUCGGACCUUCUCUAUGCACAGCAUGUUGUCCUAGCACUAUAUUAUGGUCUCAUUCCCACCUCUUCUGCUUAGCUAUAUUUGCAUAAUUGUGGCAUCAUUUGUAUACUAGGUUAGUGAUGCUUUUUUUAAAAG